GACAAUUAAGAAUUCUGCAGCAAUGUGUGACCUCUAAAUUGUUCACAUACAUUCUCAUCUCCCAUAAAGCAGCAAAUGCAUUUAAAAUCCAACAAAAGCUCCUUAAUGGAUGAGACAGAAGUAGAAAAUGUCUAUGAGAACACUUGCACUUAUCUUUCUGCCAGCAAAACCAAAACCCCAACCAACACGGUGAACAGCUCUUCAGCAGAAGAAAGAGAACAAAGGCCAAGGCGUAUCAGUCAGGCAGGUUACUGUGGUCUGUCUGCCUGCUCUUGCUGUUGGGUGGUGUCCACACUUGCUGUGUUGGUGGUCUUGGUUUUGAUUGCCUUUGUAACGUUCUUUAUACAUGCUGAAAAUAAAUUCCAGCAUGUGAAAAGGGAAUACGAAAGCUUAUCAGAGAAUCAGUCCUUUGUAAAUGAGGAGCUCAACCAGCUGAGGGGUAACUUCACCCGCUUGUCAGAAGAACACCUGGCUCUACAAACUACUUACAACACACUUUUAGGUAAGAAGUGCUCGGUUUGUCCUCAGGAUUGGCUGAUUCAUGGUAGAUCAUGUUACUACGUCUCAAAUGAUAAAAAGAAUUGGUUUGAGAGUAAAGAUGACUGCACAGCUAGAGGAGGGCAUCUGGCAAUAAUCACAAAUGAAAGGGAGCAGUCUUUUUUGAAUGAAAAUGUCCGCAAUUCAGAGGUUUGGAUUGGUCUCUCAGAUUUAAAGGAUGAAGGAAAGUGGGUUUGGGUAGACAACACAACUCCAGCCAAAAGCUACUGGAAAGACAGCGAGCCUGAUGACUGGAAAGAGAAAAAUCCAAAUGGAGAGGAUUGUGCCCAUUUGAGACCGUGGAUAGAUCCCCCCAAUACCUGGCAUGAUAUAUCUUGUGAUACCAGCAUGCAAAGAGUUUGUGAAAAAAAUUACAGCUCUUGAUGAUUGACAUGAGCAUGGACUUUUAAACAAUUGUUUGGUGUGAUUUGCUUUCAACUUUUAAAUAUUAUAUUAAGUCAAAUAUGUUUGUAUUGAUAAAUCUUUAAAUUAGAAAAACUUUCACAAGAUGAACUUUCCUUUUAUCCUGUUGUACUCGAUGAGAUCUGGUAUGCAUGUUCAACUCAGAGAAUACCGGGUCAGAACCAACAUAAAGUAAGACCUUGGGUGUAUUAAUCACAGGCUGUGUGUCUCAAAGGACAAUAGCAAGUAUGACCUAUAAGCAAAAUGCUAAGUUGGUAGAGGGCUGAAGGACAUCGGUCCUGCUUAGCUGGGAUUGAUAAAAAGGCACAGGGACGAACAUGUGGGAGAAGUCAGCAUCUUCACUAUGAUGUCGCAUCGGUCUAACAUAAGCAGAAGAAUGGCAUAAAUUCAGAGUUAUAGAGAAGCUCUAGACCCCUCUACCCCCAACCUAGUUUUCUGCCUUACUCCACCAUUUCAUCCAGCGACCAUACCAGUUCAGGAGACUGAUCAGCUUAUUACAAAAAGCCACCUAGUAAUUCAGGCACAUUGGAUGCCUAGACUCCUGGAAGAAGAGCUGCUAUCCAUCCAGGUUGUAUUUGGUAGAAUGUUUCCAACUCAUUUUACUUUGCUUCUGUUUUAGGCACAUUCCAAUCAUUAACUCAAGAGAAUAUGAAUUUAUGAUGCAUGAAUAAAAGUAUAAACCUUCUGC